AUGGAUGUGUCAUUCAGUGGGAGAUUGAGUUAUAUCAAAACUACUGCAGAGGAGAAGCUCAAGAACAACGAGUGUACACCUGCAGAUUUGUGCUACUCCUUUCAAACGUUCUUUGCGAUGUUGGUUGAGACACGAGCGAUGGCUCAUCGCGACAAGAAAGACGUUUUGAUAGUUGGUGGUGUCGGGUGUAACGAGCGUUUGCAGGACAUGAUGAGGACUAUGUGUUCUGAACGUGACGGUAGGCUUUUUGCUUCGGAUGAUCGUUACUGCAUUGAUAACGGAGCGAUGAUUGCGUACACGGGUCUUCUUGAGUUUGUUAACGGUAUUGAAACGCCGUUAGAAGACACUACCUUUACGCAGCGGUUUCGCACGGACGAGGUUCAUGCGGUGUGGCGAGAGAAGGAAGAGUUGGUAUAUGGAGAUAAGAACGUUGCUGCUGCUAAGUGA